CCUAGCAGGAGAGAGUGCGCUAAAACGAACCGUGCUGCAGCACUCAAGCCAGCCUUGCUCUCAGGCUCGGCCUUCUGCUCUGAAACUCUCGUCGUCAGUAAUCUCACAGCUGGUAAGGCGGGGUGGGUGGCGAAGGAGAUGAAUAGCAGCAGGCUCCUCUCUCUUAUUGCUGCCGACGCGCUCCAGUUCGAGUCCUGAUAUUAAACACCGUUUGGGAGUGCAACCAGGGUCUCGCCUCGCUCUCUUCGAAUCCAGCUAGAACGAACGUGAGCUCUUAAGUUUCCCUUGGCUCUGUGCAAGCCGCCGCCAAAGUCAAGCAGCCCCCAGAAGGCCCGCCCGGCUCAGGAGCAGCUGCGGCCCGAGGGCGCGGCCUUCCUCUCCUGGAGACGGCUGGUGCCGAGCCUGUCCCGUCGCGUCCGUCCGGUCCCCCGGCCUGGCGUCCCUCUCGAGCCACGAGGGCCGCCUGCGGCGGGCGGCGCGGGGCUGCGGCCCCCCGGCCGGGCUGCAGGGGGAGCAGCGGCGGCGGCGGCGCGGGGAAGAUGGCGGCCGCAGCUCAGGCGCUGAGCUGCUCGGGGCUGCUGCUGGCCGCCGCCGCCCUCGCCCUGCUGACCGUGGCCAUCGGCACCGAUUCCUGGUACGAGACGGACGCGCGGCGGCACCGCGAGCGCUGCCGGGGCUUCGGCCACAAGCGCAACGCCAACAACGACCCGCCGGGCUCCAUGUCGGCACCCAGCCCGCACCUGCCCCUCCGCGCCCGCCCGCCGCGGGCCCUGCUGCCCGGACAGACCCAGUCGCCCGCUGCGCUCCCCGCGGCUGCGGCUGCCGCCCUCGUCCUGGAAUCGCACUGCGGCCGCCACUUCAACUCCACCGUGUCCGGCCUUUGGCGGCGCUGCCACCGCGCGGGCUUCGAGCCUGACAGCGAGGAGCUCAUCCGGAAAGGAGUCAUUCAGCGUUGCACAGCUGUGAAGUAUCACUACACCUCAUCUUCUCUGCCACGCAACUUGCCUGUUAAUAUUACCAACACAAUCCGCCAAGAUGAGUGGCACGCCCUCCAUCUGCGGAGAAUGACAGCUGGCUUCAUUGGUAUGGCGGUUUCCAUCAUUCUGUUUGGAUGGAUCAUUGGCAUGCUGGGCUGCUGUAAAGAGCAUGAGCUCAUGCAGUAUGUAGCUGGACUGCUCUUCCUUAUGGGAGGUACAUGCUGCAUCAUCUCCCUUUGCACGUGUGUGGCUGGGAUAAACUUUGAGCUCUCUCGUUACCCUCGCUAUGUCUAUGGGUUACCAGAGGACAUCAGUCAUGGCUAUGGCUGGUCCAUGUUCUGUGCUUGGGGAGGCCUGGGACUGACGCUUCUGGCAGGAUUCUUAUGCACAUUGGCCCCCUCUCUCAACACUCCUCGGACUGUUGUACAGAAACCCAGACAGGAAAAUGGUGCUGUGUGAUGAGAAGAGCGCAAGAGACUCUAGUGAGGACAGUUGAGCUCCAGCAGUAGGUUACCACCAAUGCAGCAUGGGCAUCUGAGGUUAAUGAAGCAAGGUGGUUUCCACUGUGGAACAAACGAAGGGAUUCAAUUGCUUUGAGAAAGGGCAGGGGGAAAUACCACCCUUUGAUUCUUCAGCCUGCCUGUCUCCGAUGAAACCAGCCAGGAUUCAUUCUUGUUCCUGGUUUCUUGAAAGGAAAGCUUUCUGUUAAAUAGGGUGUGUUGCUGUAGGAUCUGUGAACCAUUAAGCGGAAUCAAAAGCCACUGUGAAUUCCCUUUGGUGUCCUGUGGCUGGGGGGCAGGUGUGUGUGUGUCUCUCUCUCUAUCUUUCCAGGACCUCUUGAGUGCCAGGUCAAAGGUGAAGCUAAAGGGAAAUCCAUCCAGCCUCAGUAUUGAUUCUUCUCUGUGGCAGAUACACUCUGCUGUUGCAGGCUUAACAUUGCCUAUAACAGUUAGUCAACUUUUGAGACCAGCUAGAGGUCUAGAUAUUAAGACAGGGAGGCUAGAAAAUUCCUCUGGACCACACAGUAUCUGAAACUUGUCAAUUCUGAAAGCCAACUACAUAUAGCAGUAGCUCACAAAGUAAUUUCGGGGAUAAUGUGUAGGAAACUAAGGGAAACUGCAUUACAAAGUGGACUUCAGAUGCAUCAAGAAUUCUCCCACAAGGGAGCAGGACGCAGCUAGGGAUAGGAAGUUAUCAAAACAUUCAGUGACUCAAGCUUACAGAUAGUGUGUGUGAGAGAGAAUGAACCUAACCAGAUUAUUUGCUUAUGACAUGCCUGCUCUUCAUGUGGAGAUAUGUUCAUUUAAAAAAUACCAUCACACAUUUCUAGCUGAGCACAGAAAGCAAGCUGCUGUCUAGGAAUAAUGUAGUCAUAGCAACUGCUGUGAUAGGAAAAUGAGACUUGUAGCCUGUCUCAACUCCUUCCAGAUUAAAUGCAAAAAGUACAGAUUUUCUCAUUACUUGGAAAACGAGUAUUCAAGAUGAGCACAGAAACUACAAAACCCAACAGCCCCUUGGUGGCAUUUUCUUAUUACUAACAGAAAAGGAAGCUCUCCUUGUUGAAGGGGCUCAGUAUGCAGAUGAAUAAGAGCAGGGGCCAACUCAGGAACAUCAUCAACAAUGGUGCUGAGGAGGAGUGCUGGUCUUUCCUCACUGUACUCCUUUUAUGCCUCCCUAAAAAGACUGCACAGAAGCCUUUUUUGGAGGGCUGUUUACAUUGUAUUUUUAAGUGGCAUGUAAUUAAUUACUCAGUGCUAAAGUCAGUGUCAAUGGAAUGGAAAGUCAAAAGUCAAUAGAAUGUCAAUGUCAAUGGAAAGUGUGAUUUUUAAAUGGAAGAUGUAAGUCUCAACAGGCAUUAAAAUUAAAGGCUUGGUUAUAGAAUGA